AUGGAAGGUGAAAACUCCGUUUACUACAAAGACUAUGAGCAAGUUGGUGAUGUUUUACUCAAACCAAGUGUAACCGAGUCAAUGUUUACAUCUUGGUUUGAGGCUAACAUAACUUACGAAGAAGCUAGAUUACUAACUUACGGUGACUUUGUUUCUAAAUUUGUUUAUCAUAAACGAAGCAGAAGUUGGAAACCAAGGAAACGAGGGUAUACCAUUGGUCGACUUAUUUGGGUUCUUCAAAGCACAGGCGGAUUGUUUUAUUUAAGGAUGAUGUUCACGGUAAAAAAAGACCCUUUAUGUUAUGAUGACAUCAAAAUGGUUGAUGGUCAACAACAUAAAACUUUUAGAGGAGCAUGCUUUGCGAUGGGAUUUCUACAAGAUGAUAGAGAGUUUGUUGAGGCAAUAAAAGAGGCACAUGUUUGGGGUUCUGGAGAUCAAGAUGAGCAAAGAACCAUUUAUGAGGAAAUAAUGGAUGUUGUACAAAAGCAACGAGGUGGGGUGUUUUUUUAUAUGGCUAUGGUGGAACUGGUUAAGAUUCCUGUCCCUACUUUAGAAACUUCUAUUUGCAACAUUAACAAAAAAGAUGAUCUUGCUGAGCUUCUAAAGAUGACAGAUCUUAUCAUAUGGGAUGAAUCUCCUAUGGCUAACAAAUUUUGCUUUGAGUCUCUUGAUAAAUCCUUGAAAGAUAUUAUGAGUGGAAUGCCACAUGCAUCUCAUAAAAUAUUUGGAGGUAAGGUUGUUGUGUUUGGUGGUGACUUCAGACAAAUUCUUCCCGUUAUACCAAGAGGUACUAGAUCUGAUAUUAUCCAUGCAACAAUUAAUUCUUCUUAUAUUUGGGAUCACUAUAAGGUCUUGAAGCUUACAAAGAACAUGCGCUUACAAUCUGGUGCAACUACUUCUACUACCAAUGAUAUUAGGAGCUUUUCAGAGUGGAAUUUAAAUAUUGGGGAUGGGACCGUGUGUGAGCCGAAUGAUGGUUAUGCUGAUAUUUGUAUUCCAGAUGAGUUUUUAAUUUCAAACUUUUCCGAUCCCCUUAAGGCAAUUGUUGAGGAUACCUACCCUGAUCUCAUUCAUAACUAUCUUGAUUCCAACUAUCUCCAAAGUCGUGCAAUCUUAGCUUCAACAAUUGAAGUAGUAGAUGAUAUCAACCAAUAUAUCAAAAAUCUUCUUCCAGUUGUUCUAGGAGAAGACAAAGAAUACUUCAGUAGUGAUUCUAUAGAUAAAUCUGAUGCUACUAAAUUUGAUGCAUAUGAGCAUGUCACACCUGAGUUCCUAAAUGCUCUUAAAACUUCUAGAUUUCCUAAUCAUUCAAUCAGGUUAAAAGUUGGUGUCACGGUUCAAGCCUCCACUACAUUUUGA